UCCCCCCAGCACUGGCUCCUGUCUGCCCACUGCCUCUGCAUGUAGUCAACAGGAUGAACUGAUAAGUUUUGAUUUACUACCUCUUCCUUUUGCAUGUUAAAACCCCGUGAUGUCUGCUGCUUUAAGCCUUAAGAUUGUUUGUGGAUUCUUUUGGAACUUCUAAUCAGUGAACAUAUUCUUAGAUCUCUUCUCCACAGUAUAUGCUAUUCAUAUCACCACUAAAAUGGCUUUAGCCAACUUUAAUUUUCGAUUUCCUGUUAUUUGAUGGCUGUUGCUCUAACCUCCCAAUCACAUUAUCUUUUUACAUUUCCCACUUCCUGGACAAAGCCCGUUGUCAUUAAAACCAGUGACAAAACUUAAAUUUUAUUUCAGAAGGAUCAAGCCUUUUUAUGAAAAAGAGGGAGCUUUAUUUCAUCUAUUGAUUUCAUUACUCUCCUUCUGUAUUCCAGAUGGGGAACCCCAGGGACUUUUUAAUGUUAUGAACUCCCAAGUGUGUGUGUGUGUGCGCUCACUGACACUUCACUGGUGUAUCUUUACAAUGGAGAUGUACCAUGACCUCUACUUGUUCCUUCUGUCAGGGAAUCGGGCUCAGUAUCUAUUUUAGUUGUUUAUUACUGCCUCAUUUCUGUCUAAAAAAUGAGCAUGGAGAACUCUUACACUCUACCUAUCUGGAUGACUCUGCAUACUUAUGUAUGAUUGUAGACUGUUCACUUUUAGACUAAUUCCUAAGGCUCCUUACUUUUCUAUAUUUGUGGUAGCCUUAUGUUGUUCCUCUCACUUGUGUGUGUCUGCAGUUGUUUUCUAAUUGAUUUCUCUUUUUUCAUAUUUUGUCUGUUGACUUAUUUUCUAGGAUGUUAAAUGGCCCAGUUAAGAUGGGAACAAGUGAACAUACAGUGAGACCUGUAUAAGAGAUGAUCUGUGUAGAUGACCUCCUAUGUUGAGAUUAGGGACCUGGUUACCUGCAGCAGGAUGGAACUGAAAGAAGGAAACAUGCUGACUAAUGCGCCAGAAUGAGACUGUUUCCUGCUUUGUGAGCUAUAUACCAGGACCAUGUAUUCACUCCUUGGCUUCAUGGUUUAAGAACCUGCACAGUGAUUGUGAAGCUUGUUGGGAAGCCAUGGCAUUCUUUACUCCAUGGAAACUAUCCUCUCAGAAACUUGGUUUUUUUCUGGUGACUUUUGGCUUUAUUUGGGGAAUGAUGCUUCUGCAUUUUACUAUUCAACAGCGAACUCAGCAUGAAAGCAGUUCAGUGCUUCGUGAACAAAUAUUGGAUCUCAGUAAAAGAUAUAUCAAAGCACUGGCAGAAGAAAAUAGAAAUGUGGUUGAUGGGCCUUAUGUUGGGACCAUGACAGCAUAUGAUCUAAAGAAAACUCUUGCAGUCUUACUGGAUAAUAUCUUGGAGCGUAUUGGCAAGCUAGAGUCCAAGGUGGAGAACCUUGUAAUUAAUGGCACAGGAGCAAACUCUACCAACAGUACUGCCACUGCUGCUCCCAGCUUAGGAGCAGUUGAAAAGCUCAACGUAGCAGAUCUCAUUAAUGGAGCCCAGGAACAGUGUGAAUUGCCUCCUAUGGAUGGCUUCCCUCAUUGUGAGGGCAAAAUAAAGUGGAUGAAAGAUAUGUGGCGAUCAGAUCCAUGUUACUCAAGUUAUGGUGUGGAUGGGUCUACAUGCUCUUUUUUUAUCUACCUCAGUGAGGUUGAAAACUGGUGUCCUCGUUUACCUUGGAGAGCAAAAAAUCCUGAUGAAGAAACUGAUCAAAAAGCAAUGGCUGAAAUUCAUACCAACUUUGAUCUCCUCUACAAAAUGAUGUCAAGGCACGAAGAAUUCCGAUGGAUGAUGUUGCGCAUCAGAAGAAUGGCUGAUGCUUGGAUUGAAGCAAUUAAGUCACUUGCGGAAAAGCAAAACCUGGAGAAAAGAAAACGAAAAAAAAUCCUUGUUCAUUUGGGACUUUUAACAAAGGAAUCUGGAUUCAAGAUUGCAGAGAAUGCAUUUAGUGGUGGCCCACUUGGUGAAUUAGUCCAGUGGAGUGAUUUAAUUACAUCUCUCUACUUAUUGGGCCAUGACAUUAGGAUUUCAGCUUCACUGGCAGAGCUCAAGGAGAUUAUGAAGAGAGUUGUGGGUAACAGAUCUGGCUGUCCCACCCAGGGGGAUAAAGUGGUAGAACUCAUUUACAUUGAUAUUGUGGGACUUACUCAGUUUAAGAAAACACUUGGUCCAUCGUGGGUUCAUUACCAGUGUAUGUUGCGAGUACUGGAUUCAUUUGGGACUGAACCUGAAUUUAAUCAUGCUCAUUAUGCUCAGUCUAAAGGCCACAAGACACCUUGGGGGAAAUGGAACCUUAAUCCACAGCAGUUUUAUACAAUGUUCCCUCACACUCCAGACAACAGCUUUCUUGGGUUUGUGGUGGAGCAGCAUCUGAAUUCCAGUGACAUUAAACACAUUAACGAUAUCAAAAGGCAGAAUCAGUCACUUGUUUAUGGCAAAGUAGAUAACUUCUGGAAGGAUAAGAAGGCUUAUUUGGACAUCAUUCAUACCUACAUGGAAGUCCAUGGAACUGUCCACGGGACAAGCACUGUCCAUAUGCCCAGCUACGUGAAAAACCAUGGCAUCCUUAGUGGGCGGGAUUUGCAGUUUCUGCUGAGAGAAACUAAAUUGUUUGUUGGACUUGGAUUUCCAUAUGAAGGGCCUGCUCCUCUAGAGGCUAUUGCUAAUGGAUGUGCUUUUCUAAAUCCAAAAUUUAACCCAUCAAAAAGCAGCAAAAAUACUGACUUCUUCAAAGGCAAGCCAACACUUAGAGAGUUGACAUCUCAGCAUCCCUAUGCUGAGGUUUACGUUGGAAAGCCUCAUGUCUGGACUGUGAAUAUCAAUGAUCCUUCUGAGGUUGAGAAUGCAGUGAAAGCAAUUUUGAAUCAAAAGAUUGAACCUUAUUUGCCCUAUGAAUUUACAUGUGAGGGGAUGCUACAAAGGAUGAAUGCAUUCAUUGAAAAACAGGAUUUCUGCCAUGGGCAGGUGAUGUGGCCACCAUUAAGUGCACUUCAGGUAAAAAUUACUGAACCUGGAAAAUCAUGUAAACAAGUAUGUCAGGAAAACCAGCUCAUCUGUGAGCCAUCCUUCUUCCAGCAUCUUAACAAAGACAAGGAUCUGCUGAAGUAUAAUGUGGAAUGUCAUACGGUUGAAUCUGCAAAUGACAUCGUCGUCCCAUCUUUUGAUGAAUAUAAGAAACACUGCAUUUUUCAGGGUGAUCUUUUGCUGUUCAGCUGUGCGGGAUCCCAUCCAAACCACAAACGAAUCUGCCCCUGCAGAGACUAUAAUAAGGGACAGGUUGCACUUUGUAAAGAUUGUCUAUAGCAGCAGCAGCACCUUCCUUUGUUUGGGGACACACACAAUGGUUUUGAGAGAGAACUACUUAUACUUCCUGCACUUUUGUCCAGGGUCUUGCUGCAGGCUGAGAAAAUGCUGCCAAGCAGAAUACUUUGAGAGGAGGGAUUCAGAACGAACAUCUAAAUGGUUUUUACUUUUUUUCUAAAUGAACAUAUGCGGUGGAGCUCUUUGAAAUCUUCCAUCUGCUCAAGGAAAAGAGAAAUUAAGUUCCAUGCUUUGUAACAAUUCGAAGAUCAUUGCGAAGAACAGUUUGUAGAAAAUUCCCAGACACAUCAAACGUUUUUUGUUGUUAGUGUGUGUGUGUGUGUGUGUGUGUGUGUGUGUGUGUGUGUGUGUGUGUGUGUGUGUGAAUCAAGUGUUUUCUAUUUUUGUUAACAGGUUAAAAACAUCCCAUCAUCAUCAGCUAAGAGUCUGAACAUCAUUCCAGUACAAAAUGAGGUGGGUGGGGGAAUGUGCUUAUGAGUUGGGGGAGAGGACUACAAUUAUUACUGGGGCACUAUUUUGAGUGCUGCAACAGCUUGAAUGGCUACAAAAUGGUGCAUUACACAAGAACUUGGAACUAUAAGAUAACUCAAAUAACAAUACAUAGCUGCGUGUUCGCAGUCCUUUUUAAAAUACUCAUAUGCUACCAGGUAUCGUCUGCAUUAUAGCUACUGUACCAGAGCACUCUAAACAGGCAGCUCUAGGAACGUGAGGAUUGGUUGCUGCCAAUUUGUAAGAAUCCUGCUGUUUCUUGACAACUGAUUGAUUAUGGUAUGCUCUGGUGUGGAACAGCCAUGGAAGCAUACGGCCAUUUAAUAAUGGACUUGUCUCAGUUUACUGGGUCUAUUUAAGAGUGAUCCUUGGAAUCUUCCUGUGCUUCUGUUGUAGUCUGCCUAUUUAAAGUACUGUGUGAAGCAAAAAGUAUUCUGCAUCAUUUGAGCAAUAUUGUCGGAUCCUCAGUUCACUGUACCUUACCGUAGUUAAAACAUUACUGCAAGGUGGAGAAAGGAUCUGCUAACUAUAAUUAUUGUAUCAUAGGAAUGUGAACUGUCUUGAUAACUAGCUCUGCUUUUGAAGAGGAAGAUAUUUUAAAGAGCAAUUAUGAGAGAAGGAAAACUUCUUAAGAAGAAUAUUGUUGAUAGCUUUUCUGGAUUCUUUAUCCUUUUUCUCUUUUAAGAGGCAGGCCGGUGAUGUAUUUAAAAACUACAAUUUAUUACCAAAAGUUUGAAUUGGAAUUCAGACUUGACUUGUUUAGAACGUGAACUAAAUCUUUUUAAAUAGUAACAUGUAUCUCUUUUUUUAAGAGUAAAUUUCUACUUUUUUGCAGCACAAGCUAACAUGUUUGAAAGCAUUGUUCAUGGCUGGGAAAUGUUAUGUUAAAUUAGAGGGAAAUGAAUGGCGUAGUCUGCAGUAGGAUAUGAAAACUGCCAUAGUUUGCAGGUUUAAAAUUUGGGUAUGUCUCAGACAUAACUGAAAAAGCCUCAGUUGAUUUUUUAUUUUCCUUUUUGGAGAUUUAACCAGUGCUAUCCAGUCUCUCCAAUUACAAAAAUAUAGGCACUUUAAUAUUUUUCCUCUAGAAUAUAUCAGGUUUACUCAUUCUUCUAUACCCAUUAUUCAUUAUCUGUGUGAGUAUUAAAGUCUCUCUUGACCUACCAAAGAUCAAAUAAGGGAAACAUGACUGAAACUGUCAGACACAUUAUCACAAGGUGUUAACAGAGAAGUAGAAGUUCAGUUUCCAACUCAAUAUAAUUAACUUGUUUAUUUCAAGUGCAUUUAAAUCCCUAAUUCCACACUCCUAUUUUGUUACACAAGGUAAAUAGUACUGCAGACUAGAUAGAAAUCGGUGUCUAAAUGAUUAUUCAGUAUCCAGAAAGUAUAUAUGGCAGGUGCCUGUGCAGCAUAGUAACUGGGAUGUAAUAAUAAUAAAGCUUCAGUAAUUACAGUAAUUCUGCAAAAAUGGAACAUAAUUGGAUAAUAAUAUUAGGCAUAGUUUUGUAUGAAAAGAAAUUGAAUAGUUGAAGUAUUCUAAGCAUUCCCUCAGUCAGCAUGGAUGUUUUGGUUUUUUUAAUAUCCAGGGAACUCUAAUACUUAGCCUUUUUCUUUUUCUUUUUUUUUAAGGAUUGGAAUCUGAGGUGCAUCAACUGUUCAUUGUAGGUGUUCUCCAUAUUUCUGUACAUAUGAUAAGAGUGCAACCAGUAGAAUCCCAGGCUUUCAAGAAACUCUGGGCACCAAUUUGGGCUUAUUUCUGGCAUUAACUUAUUGGUGACAACAGAAUCUACCUUUUAGUGAUAUAGUCUGAGUUUCUGUAGUCAGAAACUUAAGUUAGCUGGAACAUCACAUCAGUACAUUGGCAAUAAAGACUUUGUGCGUGUGUGCUUAAACAAUCCAAAGCACCAUUGCCUAUUGUAAUAUAACUAUUAGAAAAUAUUUGCUGUUUUUGUAUAAAAAGGCACUAAGCUGUAAAUACACAUUUGCUUGUUGCUUAUCCAUUGUAUGGCACACAUGGCAUAAUACAAUUUGUUUUGCCUCUAAAAAGUGAAGAUAAAGGAUUUCUGCUAGUUUGUUGAUACUGCUAUCUCUGCUGCACUGUAUUGUUCAAUAAUACAGUGCUGCCAGUGCUGACUUUACCACAGCAGGGGGAGUUAUGAUCUCUAUAGUAUGUAUGUUUAUUUCUAAGCUACUGUAUUGAGUUACUGUGUAUUAGAGGAAGAGAGAAAGGGAGAAAAUGGAUAAGCUCCGUUCAAUAGCAGAAUUCAAUGGGAAUUUUUUUAGGGGGGAGGGAGGUAAUAAUCAGUUGGACUACAUCAUGCUCUCAGAGAAUUUUGGGAAUUUUGCUGUUCCCUUUAAAAGUCCAGUCCAAUAGAAGACAUUUUCCAAGGGCUUUAUUUUAUUGUUGUUGCAUCUAAACUGUGGAGCUGCCGAGUUCCCUUUUCAAGAGGAAAAGUGUUCUUUACAAUGUACAGCUUCUGUUUUAUUUUUUGAAAGAGAAAAGCAUGUCAGAUCAUGGGGAAGAACUUUUCUUAUAUUCUGCAUAUGGAUAUUCUUUGUUUUCAAAUCCUGCUUUGCUUGCCUUUUCUUGGAUGGAAAAAACCUGAAGUUGCUAUCAACGUUUAAAUUGAGUGAUUUACUAAAUCUGAUACUUCAUUUUGUUUUUUCUAUGAUGAUGUUCUUUACAUUUAUAAGCAAGUGGGUUCUUCUUGUACAACUGAACACUCCAUUCUGCAAGUAAGCACAGGGGAUUAUUUUCGAUGUUAUGAAUCGUUCACUAGAAUUAUUGAACUAAAUUGUUCCCUAUUUAUUUCUAAAAUGUGGACACGAUCUUCUGUGUCAGGAACUCCAUAAUUAACAAAGUCUUUACUCCAGGCCUGGCCUUUGGGCAAAGCGAGCGAGGCGGUUGCCUAGGGCCUCGUGGCUUCGCACAUUCAGGGCCUUGCACUGCCCAGCUCAGCUACCCUCCCCGCCCCACCCACCUGGCUGGGAGCCGCGAGGCUGUGCAGCUCAGCAUGCUGCCUUGGGCCCUACACGCUCUUUGGCCGAGCCUGCUUUACCCUCUUACUUAAAUGUAUAGUCCACAAACUGCACUUGGAUGAUGACUUUGUAAAAGAAUGAUUAUAAAAUGGUAUUGUAUUAAUGUAUGUAUUUUAUUUUGUUCUCACUGAAACUCGCAGCAUCCUUAUUCAGACUUCAGGUUUUGGCAAGAAUGAAUUUUGGAUACACUGGCCUGUAAUUGAUGGAAAUCAGGUGUGUCAAAUCUGAAGUAUAACAAUUAUAAGCUCCUAAACAUAUCCGUCAUAAAUCAAUUUUUUUUGUUUUAAACUUUUGUAUUUUUAUAUGUGACCUGAUUUUUUGAAAAUCUUAUUCCUAUGAGAUUAGAAAACUUGAGAAAAUAAUUUACAUAAUUUAUUAAAGUUAACGUAAAAGGCUUGCCUUUGAAAAGUAAAGUUGGUAAAUACACACUGUUUAAAAAUGCCAAUAAAAACCUCAUUUAUUUCAUAUAUGCAAUUUGAUUUGCACAUGUGUAACUAGAUAAGCUUUUUGCAUAUUUGGCUACGUUUUCUUUAUGGUUGUGUCUCUUUGUUUUUCUUUUUGUAAUUUAUUAGUUAUAAUUAUGUAUUUUUCUUAAUGUCAGAUUAAGUUACUUCUGCAAAUAUUUAAUGUUCACGUGCCUUUUUUAUUUUGGGGAGGAUUUUAGAAUGUGAGCACUGUCUGAACAAGUAUAAUGGAACACUGAUUUUAGGGUUUAAGAAAAGGGCCUUACUUUUUCAUGGGUAUCUUUUGCUUUUCAUGGGUAUUUACAUGCAGUUAGUCCAUAAUUGAAAGGAUACUUAGCACCUGACAGUCUUUUGGAAAAUUAAAAAUGUAGAAAAAAGAUUUUGAAUAACUUAUGAUCAAAUUUCAGUGAGAAAGUAGCAUGAUCUAAUAGACUGAUGUUGGAAAUAGGGACCAGAAACUCGUAGUCUCCAUUUGCAGCUCCAUCACUGACCUUUGUAUCAUUAUGUGGAUCAUUUAUUACCUGAUUUUUUUUUUCAGGGGACUUAGCCCUCACACUUCCAUUGACUUCAAAUGGAAAAUUUGGGUAAUUUGUUUACCUUUAUACAUUAAAGCUGCUCAUAUCUAUCAUGCUUGUGUACCUCAGCAUAGUGAAGAGAGGAUAUUAGCUUGUACUCCACGUUGAAAAUGCACAUUACAGUGCUGCAUAACUGCUAGUGUUUCAUGGCUGGCUUCCCCAAGUUAUAUAAAUGAUUUAAAAGCUUACAGUUGUGUUUUUAAUGUUUACAAGCCCAAACUGCCUUCUCAGUUAUAUUGCCUCUCAGUGUGAUUAGGGCCCAAUUUGGUUCCCAUCAAAAUACUUCCUUUAAUGAAGAGGUGUCACAGUUUGAUUAAAGGGUCUUAUUCUAAUGGGAUAAGUUACUUUUAAGUUAUUUUAUCAAUGAUAGCUCUCUCCUGUAUCUGUCAGUAAUGAAUGGCUCUGAAUAGUUCAUUUCUGUGAUGUAUCUUACUGCUUUGACAUCUUAUUUAUUUUACAAUGUAUAUAAUUUAAUAUUUUAAAUAGGUUGAAGUUUCAUCUAAAUAUCCAUUAAGGGGGGCGGUUCAGUUUAUAAAUAAAAACAGAUUCCUAAUUAUGCCAGUCUUUAGUGGGGAAUGAGUGAUGAGUCAUUGCUGUAGCUCUGAUUUUAUUUAGAUGUACUAGGUUUGUUGUCAUGGCCAGGGCUUUGUGAUGCCAACCCCUCUUCGCUUGUGGCUCUUGAUUAGUAGAGCUUCAUCCACUUCUAGUACUCCUUUGUCCCAUUAUCUUUGGGGCAGAACCAAUCAAUGGCAUCUGUCUGCUUGGAAUAUGUACAGGGAGGGCUCAGGAAACUUAUAUAAAUAUAUUGUUGUUGCUGUAAAUCCAACAUUGCAAAAUAUUGCUCUUAAAUGUUUAAACAAAUCUUUUGCUUCAUAUUUUAAACGGCUUUAUAGCAAAAUGUUUUCAAUUUGAAUAUAGCAAUAUCUAAUAGAACAAGAAUGUAUAAGCAAGAUCAGCAAACUGGUUACUGAGCAUGAAUGUAGGCAAUGUGUUGCAAAUCAAAUGGCUGAAGCUAGGAUGUCUUCUUGCAUUAAGUUAUCAGUCCUAUGCUUGUGCACAAAGGUAAAUGUCUUAACACAGUUCAGUCGCCACAAAUCUCUUAUUUAUGGCUCUACAUGGCUUACUUUUAAUUUAAAGUCCUUUAAUGCUAAUACAGCAAUAGUAUUUUGAGUCAGCACACCCACUCCAACCGUUCAAGAAAGCAACAUUAAUUAAAUGAAUGUGACAUUGUCAAAUAGCUAAAAAUACAGUAUUUGCUCUGCUUGACGCUAUAAUAAAAAUAGGAAUAACCUUAACAUUCCAAAUAGAAAAACAGCUUUAAAAAUUCACUUGCUGUAAAAUCUGUAAUGGCCUUCCCUCUGCUGUCUGCAAGGAGAAAUUAAUACUAGGCAUGGUCUAGAUUGACACUGUGUGUUCAACAGCAUUAAACUGUCCUCUAGAAAUGAGGAAAGCUACUUGUGUACUAGUUCCUUAGGCUUGUAGAGUGCAUGCUGCAACAUCGCAAUAUUGUGCACCCAGUCUCCUUCUGACUGAAGUUAAUGGCAGUGUGUCCAUUGAGUUCUGUGAGAGGGAGAGGUUAGCAUGACACUGGAGGAGUUAGCUCUCGGGGGUCACUGUUAGAAAUCACCAUGCCAAAUCCACUCCAAUCCUCCCCUGGCAUUGCAUCAAGAGUUCAGUCUUCCAAGAUACUGGACAUUCUGGCUUUGAUCCAACAAAUCAUGGCCUUAGUCUUAAGCAUGUGAAUAUCUUCAUUGAGUUGAUUGGGCCUACCCAUUUGCUGAAAGCUUAAGACAUUAAAUGCUAGAUCAAGAUAGAGAGAGCAGCACCCAAGAUCAAGCCUUAUAAGAGCACAAAAAGCAUAGGCUCAAAUUCAUCCCUGCUGCCACUUCAUUAGCUUCUAGUAGGCUUAUACAAGGAAUUAAUUUGCUGCAUUCCUUAACAAACUUUUUGCUGUAAGGAUUGAUUCUGGAGACCAUAAAAGAAAGUAACCACCUUAGUUUGCUCUCCCUAAGAAAAAGAGCAAGGAACAAGGAAAUGCAGUAAGAACAAAUGGAUAGCCCCAAUCUAUGUAAAAAUGGCAAAGGGCAUUAAUAGGAUCAGAAAUGUUACCUGGAAGAUUCAAAAGCUAAUCAAGAAAAUGGGGAGGGGGGGAUAUAUAAAGUAUAAUAACGUAUUUUGAGUUUUUAAGGUCCUAAUUCUGCUCUUUGUUCAAGGAAAAUUUUGAAGUCAGUGCAGGGUUUGAAUAUGUACAAGAACGUCAGGGUUAGUCUUUUAAGUUGUUUUUUUUUUUUCCCGGGGGGAGGGGGAGGUGUUAACUUUCUCUUGACGUUUAAGUUCUUUGCUUUUCUAAAUGACUGUGUUCCACUAUAUCAGGUUCAAACAGUUUGAUUCACAUAGUACAAGUUGCAAUGGCUGGUAACAUAUUAUCUAAUUAUUGAAAUUCGUUAGGAUGGGAUUCUUUAAAAAUAUGUAUAUGUCUGAAUGUGUAUUUCAAUGGCAUAGAACUAUGCUUUGUUUUUGCUGUUGUAGAGAGAACUAGGGAGAACUUUAUUUUUCAAUAAACUUUUUCUUGUGUGAUUUGGAUUUGUUGUUGUAUAUGUGCUUAAAUGGGAAUUCCACCAACUGCACAGCAGUAUGAUUUGCAUUGCAACGAUUAGAGGUGUGUCUGUUUCUGUCAUGAAGCCCUCUAUUCAGAGGUGUUUAAGCAGCAGCAAAUAAUUCUAUCUAAAUGGAUCAUGGCUGAUAACAUCUAGGGAGCUAAUUCUUUACAUGAAGUAUUUGUUGUUUGGUGGGGGGGUAUGAAAUCUGGGUGUUUUUAAUUCAUGUAAAACAAACUAAAAUACAUAUUGGGAAGAUGAGUUUUCAUUUGAAGACAGCACAUUAGCGGCUCAAUAUCCUUGUUUCUUGAAGGAUUUCUAUUACACAUGGCAUGGAGUUGCUGUGGCUUUAAGAGACUAGUAUGGCAGGUAGCACUGCUCUCCAGCCAAAAUGCUUCUGAAAUAAAUGUAUUCAAA